GGGCCCGGCUCUCACAUCCGGAGCGCGUUGCGGCAUUUGUUGCCGGCCGGCCGACGCUCGUCGACACUAGCGGACCGGCGGGUCUCCAGCCCCUCUCAGGUGGCGCAAUCUCGGCACUCAUCGCUUCGCGGUGACGACCUGAGCAUUUGAAAGAAGCUCCAUCCGGCGGCGCGGCGGCAGCCACGCCCCACGCCCCGGCCAGCUCUAUCAACGGCCGGCGAGUCGCGGAGCGGGAGAACGCGAGCCGGGCCCGCGGCGAAGACCGGCGAGACGCAGAGUCGGCGGCGCGCGCGGCCGUCCCGCCCCUCGGGAACAGACGGCGAUGGAGGCGAAGGCCGGCGGAGUUGCGGAGCAGCGGGAAGGAGCGGCCGAGGGGGCGCCCGGCCCGGAAAGACCGAGCGUUCCCCUCAAUGACCUGAAGAUGAUUUUCGAGAAGGGCGAGGCGGAGCAGGUGCCUCGAGAGCAGUCGAGCGGCGGAAACGGUGGCGAUACGGCCGGCAUGGAGCAACUUCUGGGGGACGGAAGUUUCGCAGAAUCGACUCCUCUCCGAGACAGGAUGGCCCUCUACCAAGCUGCCAUCUCCAAGCAGGACACCUCCCCGGUCAAUAACGAUCUGCAAGAAACAUUUGGUGGCAAACAGAAGGAGAACGUCCCACCCUUCUCCCUGGACGCGAGUCCAGAAGCCGAGUUGCCAAACAACAGAAAAAGUUUCAACGCCGACAACAAUGGUCUCGGUGCCGGCAACGCCGCUUGCUGCUCUGCGGCCAAAAGCCCAAAGAGUUUCCGUCCGGCCGUUCGGGACGCCUGCGUGUCCUGCCGCAAGACGGUGUAUCCUCUGGAGAGGCUGGUGGCCAAUCGUCAGAUCUUCCACAGCGCUUGUUUCCGCUGCUGUCACUGCAACACCAAACUCAGUUUGGUCAACUACGCGUCCCUGCACAACAGCGUGUAUUGCAAGCCGCACUUCUGCCAGCUCUUCAAGGCCAAGGGCAACUACGACGAGGGCUUCGGCCACCGGCCCCACAAGGAGUUGUGGGAAAGCAAAGGCGAGGCGGGGGAGACGGCCGCCCCGUCGACGCCCACGCCUUCGCCGCGGGGCUCGGAGAGCCCGCCUUCCGCCGGCCCCGGCGUGGAGGACUCCCCGCUGGCCAAGGUCAACGUCCUGACCGCCACCAUGGAGGCCCUGGGACAAGGAACCCCGGAGAAAAGCCGCAGGCCGUCGGAUGCGCGCAGGCUGAAAAUCUCCUGGCCGCCACGAACGCAGGGCGACGGCAGCCGCGGCGGAGCCGCGACGCCGGCGGACCCCACCUGCAAGCCCGUCCGAGCCAAGUGGCCCCCGGAGGACGAUGCCGUUGCCGCCGCCGACGACUCCUUGCCGCCCGAACGAGCCGGUGAAGCUUCCCGCUUCCCGAGGAGCUCCUCGAAGGAGCGCCGCAUGCCCUUCACGCCGGCAGAACAAGCUUCCGAGGAACCGCCGAGCACGGAGCCGCAGCCCGACGGCCCGUUGCCGGACCGCGCAGAGGACAGCUGCGGGGAUGUCGGCGGCGGCUUUGGAGAGGAGGGUGACCACGUGUCAGAGGGGGAGGGCCCAGGCGUGCCGGAGAAAGGAGGUCGAGACCAGGUGAAGGGAGAAGACGGGUGGAAGCGCCAACUCGCCGCCGAGGUCGGUGCUUUGGGUCCGCCUCGAGCGGAGGACAAAGACCAGGAAGAAGAAAAGGCGAAACCCAACCCUUGCGCUCAGGAGGAAGAGGCCGGGGUCAGCCGCUCGGCGCGGGACGAGGGCCGAGAAGCCGCCGAGCCAAAGCCAGAGCCCGAGCCACUCAGCGUGGAGGAAAUGAUCAAGCGAAAUCGCUACUACGACGAUGACGACGACGAGGAGGAUUUCUGAACCCAUCCGACGUCCACUCGCCGCCCGAGUGGCCGCAAGUUUCCGCUUGAACGCCACAAGUUCUUGAACCGUGCCUCUUUUGUACCAUCAAAGCCAUUCCGAUGUUUGCUUCCUCUCAGCCUUUUUCAAAGAAAUGUACUCCAUUCUGUCUCCGUUUUUUUACGAACCUCGACGUAAAGGCUCAAACUCAAGCGCGUUUGGGAUUUGAAUUUGCAUUUCAAACGCCAAUGAGAACAUGACGAAAUCAAGCAAAGCCUUCCUUCCUUCUUUUACUUUUUCAAAAGUAUUUUGAAGACGCGCUCUUCCCAUUUCGGAUGUUCCUCUUUGAACCGAGACUGCAUUUGACUGCAAUUUGACGCACUGUUUCUCAAGCCAUGACUUCCUACUGAAAUAAAUUGCGUAGCAAAGCUCCGA